CACCGGAGAACGCUAAGUUCGUACCACGGCUUGAUCACAUCCGUCAACUACGCCGGUAGAAUCCACGUGGCCAUGUUGUGGUAAUAACGACAAAAAAAGAAAAAAAAAAGAAAAUUUGGGGGAAAGGUGAAACGGCCUUCCGAUCCGAAAGUGGCGUUUGAACUAGAAAUUGAGAGAGAUCGAAGAGAUCUCGAUCCAAAUCGGGAGGAAGGCCACCGUCAGAGAAGGAGGGAGGAGGAGGCACAGAUGAGGAAGAAGCUCGGCACCCGAUUCCCCGCGUCACGCAUAAAGAAGAUAAUGCAAGCAGAUGAGGAUGUAGGCAAGAUUGCAUUAGCCGUGCCUCUUUUAGUUUCAAAGGCUUUGGAGUUAUUUUUACAAGAUCUUUGCGACAGGACUUAUGAAGUUACUCUACAGAGAGGGGCAAAGACAUUGAAUUCAUUGCAUUUAAAACAAUGUGUGAAGAGUUAUAGUGCUUUUGAUUUCCUAACUGAUGUUGUCAACAAGGUACCAAACCUUGGUAGCACAGAACCUUGUGGGGAUGAAAAAGGAAUAUCCAGGAGAAGAAAGACCCUGGCCCAUGAUGGCGAUUUGGAGACCAAUAAGGAGUUGAGGUCCCCCAAAAUGGCAAUGAGGAGCGCUAACAUUAGUCCAAGAGGACGUGGCAGGGGUAGAGGAAGAGGCAGGGGCCGGCCAAGAACGAGGGAUAUUGGGUGUGUCAAAUUUGAGGAUGACAAUGACAUGUUUCCGGAGCAUGGUGACCUGUCUAGGGAAACCGAAGGUGAAGAGAAGGGCCUGGAAGGGAAGGAAAACAUGGUGCAGAGUGUGCAUCCUUCCUGCAGCUCUGCAUCAGUCGAGGGUGCAACUUCAACAGCAGAGGCAAAGCACGACGAAUUCUCUGCUUGGCCUUUGCCUGAUGUAGUGGGCAACAUUGAUGUAGAACCAUCAAAACUUGUACAAUUAACCAUGCAGAUAGAUGAGGAUGAGGAUUAUGACAAUGAAGAUUAGUGGAUUGCAGGUUGAUUUCUAGUGCUACUAACAAAGCAGUCUUCUUUGUUCUGUAAUUAAUUUUGCACUGUGACUGCACAUCUAUUAUAAAAUUUGGUUAUUUUCUAUGUACAGUGCU